UAGUACAUUAACUGUUUGAGUGUGACAGAGUUAAAACAAUACUAAUUUCAUCAGAAUGAAUCGUUGGUUAAAUCGUGUGGCUGUCGUGACGGGUUCCAGUUCUGGAAUUGGUGCUGCCGUCUGCAAGGAUUUGGUUGCUAAAGGCAUGGUUGUUGUGGGACUGGCACGUCGUGAGGAUCGUCUGCAGGAACUCAAGUCUGAACUGCCAGCGGAUCAGGCAGCUCGCUUCCAUGCCCGUAAGUGUGAUGUGAGCGAUGAGAAGCAAGUGAUCGACACCUUUGCUUGGGUGGAUCAGACACUCGGUGGUGCCGAUGUGUUGGUCAACAAUGCUGGCAAGCUGGCAUACAUCAACGUCCUCGACCAGGGAAAUAGCAGCGAUCUGCGUUCCACACUUGAUAUCAAUGUGCUGGGCGUGUCUUGGUGCACGCGAGAGGCGUUCCAAUCGAUGGAACGUCGCAAGAUUAACGACGGUCACAUUGUCAUCGUGAACAGUAUCCUCGGUCAUCGGGUGCCCAAUGUGGGCAUGAGUCUGAAUAUGUAUGCGCCUUCCAAGCAUGCCAUCACUGCCUUGACUGAGGUGUUGCGGCAAGAAUUCCUGGCCAAGGGAACACACAUUAAGAUCACUAGUGUUAGUCCUGGCGCUGUUGAUACGGAAAUUAUUGAUAAGACAAAGAUUCCAGCUGGCUUGGAGUUUCCAAUGCUGCGUUCCGAGGAUGUGGCCGAUGCCAUCACAUAUUGCAUUUCAACACCGCCAAAUGUGCAGAUUCACGAGCUGACUAUUAAGCCCAUUGGGGAGAAAGAUUAAAAGCAAUCUCGAAAGUUCUUUGGCCGAAUUUAUGCUUGUAUGUUACGUUUGCCAGUUUAAUUUAUAAUCAUUACUAUUUUGAUUAAAAAGGUACCAUUUAUCCUAAAA